AUGCCUGCUCUUUGUGGAGGAUCCAAAACUGUGCAGCGAAAGCUGGUGUUGCUGGGUGAUGGUGCUUGUGGAAAAACAUCGCUGUUGAACGUCUUUACGAGAGGCUACUUCCCUACUGUCUACGAACCCACCGUCUUUGAGAACUACGUCCAUGACAUCUUUGUCGAUAAUGUACACAUCGAGCUGUCCCUCUGGGACACAGCAGGCCAGGAAGAAUUCGACCGAUUACGCUCCCUAUCCUACGAUGACACAGAUCUCAUCAUGCUCUGCUACUCCGUCGACAGCAAAGACUCGCUCGAGAACGUCGAAUCCAAGUGGGUAGGCGAGAUCGCCGACAACUGCCCCGGCACCAAACUCGUCCUCGUAGCGCUAAAGUGCGAUCUCCGCGAGCAAGGCGAGGAAGAGGAGAACGAAUCAGGCGAACCCCGCGAGAAGCGCCCCAUGAUCAACUACGACCAGGGCCUGGAGGUGGCGCGCCGCAUAAACGCCCUCCGGUACCUCGAGUGCUCCGCCAUGAAGAACAGAGGUGUCAACGAGGCCUUCACCGAGGCGGCGCGUGUUGCGCUCAGCGUCAAGAAGGAUCGUGAGGAGGGCGGAUGCACGGUUAUGUGA